GUCGGAGCUUUGGCAGCACAGCUUCGAACGUCUCUCAUGCCUCUCCGCUUGUACCUGCCUCCAAUUUCGUAGUACCUUGGCGCUUCUUCCAGCAUGGGCACCUUCCUACUCCUUCUCUCCCUCCUUGUCCCCGGCCUGCUCUCAUUUCUGUUCCUCCCUCGGACACUACGAUUCUUGGGAGAUCUCGUGGGAUGCCACCUGCGCCGAUCGUCGCGCACCCACCGCGAGCUACUGCUAGCCAGAGUUGCUACCGAGCAGAAGAGCUAUGAGGCUGAGAAGAAGACCGGCAAGGCGAAGGACGACGAGGAUUGGGAGGAGAUUGAAGGUGCAAUGGUUGGCAGCUCUGUUAAUGGAGGCAAGGCUGACCACGAUUGGAACGGCAUUGCCGGCUUCUUCCACCCAUUCUGCAAUGCUGGAGGCGGCGGCGAACGUGUCCUCUGGGCCGCAAUCCGAGCAACCCAGAAACGCUGGCCCGAAGCGGUGUGCGUCGUCUACACGGGCGACCGUGAUGUCGACAAGACCGCAAUCCUCAAGCGCGUGAAAGACCGCUUCAACAUCCAUCUCCACCCGCCAACCGUCCACUUCCUCUAUCUCACCACCCGCCAUUACGUUCUCAGCACCACAUGGCCGCGCUUCACGCUCCUGGGCCAAUCGCUCGGCUCCAUGAGGCUGGCCUACGACGCUUUCUCGCUCCUCGUCCCGGACAUCUUUAUUGACACAAUGGGCUACGCCUUCUCGCUUGCGCUGUCGUCUUGGUUUUUCCCCGCCGUCCCCACAGCCGCCUACGUACACUACCCCACUAUUUCCACAGAUAUGCUCGAUUCGUUGAAUGCAGGAGGACAAGGGAUCAAUGCGGGCGCCGGAGAGGGAUACAGAGGCCUUGUCAAGAAACAGUACUGGCAUUUGUUCGCCAGUCUGUAUUCCAUGGUUGGCAGCACAAUUGACGUAGUCAUGACCAACUCCUCCUGGACGCAAUCGCAUAUCAAGUCGCUCUGGGGGCCAUAUCGAAACCGGCGAAAUAAGACCACCGAUCACGACAUCGACAUCGUCUUCCCACCCGUCGCAGUCGAAGAACUCGAGGAAGCCGUAGCAGUCUCAGAAGCGAGCGAGAAGAAGCGUGGACCAUACCUCAUAUACAUUGCACAAUUCCGCCCAGAGAAGAACCACCAAUUAAUUUUGGAAGCAUUCGCAUCGCUCCUUAGCUCCAACCCCAAAUUCCCCACGUAUCCCAAAGAGACGCCAAAACUGGUUCUCAUCGGCUCAGUCCGCGACUCCGAUGACGCAACUCGCGUCGACAACCUCCGCCUCCUCGCCCACGAGCUUAAAGUUGAAGAUAAUGUAGAAUUCGUCUGUGAUGCCACUUGGCCACAGAUGCUAGACUGGAUGCGCAAAGCCAGCAUAGGAGUCAACGGCAUGUGGAACGAACACUUCGGAAUCGGAGUGGUGGAGUACCAGGCCGCGGGACUCAUCAGCGUAGUUAAUGAUUCUGGAGGCCCCAAAUUAGAUAUCGUCGUUGAGAUCGACGGAAAGCCGACCGGAUUCCAUGCCUCAACGGUAGAACAAUAUGAAGAGGGUUUCUGUAAAGCACUUUCUUUAUCGCCAGAUGAGACUUUGGCUAUGCGGCAUAGAGCGAGGCAGUCCGCGAGCAGAUUCACGGAUCGCGGGUUUGCAGAGAAGUGGGUUCAAAACAUGGAUAGGUUGGUCAGGUUACAAAUUUCAAGGGCAAAGCGUUAACUAGAGAGGCCCCGAUAUGGCGUUUUGGAUCGCUGGAGGGUUGGGUAUUGGGUGGGAAUGCAUUACGCGGCGUUGAU